AUGAGGCCUUCAGUGCCACAGCAAGGUAUGGGCAGCGUGAGAAUGCCACUGGGAAUGCCUAUGAUGGGCUUGCCAAUGAUGGGAAUGCCGAUGAUGGGUAUGCCGAUGAUGGGCAUGCCAAUGAUGAAUAUGCAACAAAUGAUGGGCAUGAGCCAAGGCCAAAUGCAAAGUGGAGCUUCUGCUCCAGCGGGCGCCACUCCACCAGGCCCUGCUCCAGGAGGAAGUGCCCUCGGCACGCCACCUGAACGUCCAGAAGUGCUUGAGCGGAAGGAACACUUGCUGCACGAUCUACAGCAAGCGGCAAUCGAGCUUGCCCACAAGCAAUAUGCUGAGGAGCAGAGAGAGAAGCGAGAUCAUCGAGAUCGAAGUCGCUCCAGAGAUGAUGACCGUGGACAUGAAGAGGCCAGGAAGGAUGUGGGGACGAAAGAAGAAGCACCACCUCCCUGUCACUUGCACCCAGCAAAGAAGCCAAAUGCCAAGUGCAAGUUUUGCCAGAGGGCAAGCAAAGUUUGCAAAGCUGCCGCUGCCCCGAAAAAGGGCAAAGAGGAGGCUCGGAGUGAAGCCCGAGAGAGCAAAGACCACAAAGAGGCAGAAAGAUACAAUGAAGCAGACGACGAAGAGGAUUACUCUCGCCGUACCUUCAACUGCAGUCCAAUCCUAAAGGAUCAAAUCCUGGGCUCCAGCUACUUCAAGAGCAUGCUGCAGCUCACCACCAUAGACGAGAUCAUUGAAGAGAUCAAGAAUUACGCUGAUACAUUGGACGUAUACAAUUCGGGAAGCAGCACUUCACCCUCCAACUUUGUUUGUCAGGUGUACCGCAUCUUCACGCUUCCUGAAGCAGAAGACCUGUCCCAACUGCAGGUGAUUCUGGAGAACCCGACACCCAUUGUGCGUUGUGCUGGAUUUGUCUACUUGCGCUUUGUGGUUCCAGCUGCUAAGCUUUUUGAGAAGUUCGAAGAGUAUCUCUUUGAUGAAAUGGAGUUGAAAUACCAGGAUGCAGGUCGGACGGUGACGACCACCAUUGGUGAUUACGUUGAGGGCCUUCUGGGGAAGGAAAAGUAUUUCAACCGACCGCUGCCUCGAGUUCCCGUGAAGGUGAAGCAGCAAUUGGAAAGGGAGCUAGCGCCAAUCAGUCAAUAUCGAAAGCGCAUGGAGGCCCAUAUGAAACAUAACAUCAAGAAGAUCGCCGGCACCCCCGUGGAGGUCUUCCACGAUGGACAGUGGGUCCCUGGCACUGCCCAAGAUUUCACAGGCAAGCACGUGAAGGGGCGCAAGGUCAGAGUGGAACUCGACAAUGGACAAGAGGUGAAUGUUCACAUGGGCAAGGUGGUCUUGCGAGAUGACGGAAGCAAAACGGAGGACCGAACUGAUGAAAAGGAGUCGGGAGACGAACGGAGUGGCUCUGACGAUGAAGGCAAGAAGAAGAAGAAGAGGAGGACCAGUCGGAGCCGCAGCAGACGAAAAUCCAGGAGCCCAUCUUUAGAUUGGUGCCGCUACAAAGGCAAUCAAGACAAAGACCUGUUAGAGGCCUUGCGGGAAAGGGCCAGAGAAGAAGCAGUUUGUUCCUAUGCAAAGACCUACUCUCGAAGUCGUCCUGUGACGGUGGAGGGUGGGGACAAGUCCUCCAGGCCUGACAAGGAAUCUGGAGGUGAAUUCAGAUCAAGAGCGCGGCAAGAAGAGGAGGAGGAGCACAAGAGGAGGAUGCGAGACAUCUACGAAAAAUAUGGAAUGAGCAAAGCUGCCCCGUCCAACUAUGCAGCAGGUCCACGAAAAACGGAAAUCGACCAGCCAGAGGUCCUGAGACUGGGGUAG